UGAUGUAACAUCCUUAUGUUUGACGCAGCCCCUGAGAUCCUCAACUAUGACCCGAUCUCGCUGCAGUCUGACGUGUGGUCGGUGGGUGUCCUGGCGUACGUGCUGCUCAGCGGCUACUCCCCGUUCGCCGGAGACACCAAGCAGGAGACCUUCUGUAACAUCACACAGUGCGAUCUCUCCUUCCCGGAGGAGCUGUUUGGACACGUCAGUCCGUGUGCUAGACACUUCAUCCAGGCAACACUGCGCGUCAAGCCCAGUGACAGGUUGACGGCUCAGGAGUGUUUGGACCACCCUUGGAUCACCGGAGACUCUCCGAUCUGCAAGUCUCUGUUGCUGGCAACCUCAGGUGACAACCAGGCUGACACGCCGUUCUCACGCGAGUCCCCCGCACGCCGCUCCUAUGCCUGCCUGUCCUGCGCACAGUGUGGUGCCCAGUGCUGCCACAACGACAACCACACGCACAAGAAGUCCUCCGUCGUCGAGAUACUACACGAUCGUGGCAUUAUCUGCUGAUAACUGCGGGGAACUUUUGUGCAAUCACUUUUGUUACCUUUCUCUGAAAUCUGUUUUCUAACUUAUUCUGUUACUUUGUGGAUUGUAUUGUACGUUUAUGUGAAUGGAUCUUUAUAUUACGGAUAUGCUGGAUCACCGUUUGUGUAUUGUAUAUUGUGUUUCUUGUAUGAUUUCCUACGGUAUUCCCACUAGUCUAUCAUUACUGCUGUGUAAAUAAAAGUGUAGAUAUGAUUUUUAAGUAAGAUUGACGUUAGGGUGUACAGUACAUAUGAUGUGCUGCCUUCGUGCAAGGUUUCUGUAUUAUGAAAUAAAGCUUUAUAUUGGUUUAUGUA